AUGGCAUCUUCGGGUGUCGAUUAUUCAACCACCUCACCGCCUAGCUUCGCGGCUAGGAACGACGCCCUAGACACAGAGAAAAUCGCUCCGGGACGUCCUAGUAGCCACGUCGAAUCGCUCACGACAAUCAGCGACGGCGAUGGCACACACCGCAAGCUCAAGCCGCGCCACAUCCAAUUAAUUGGUAUUGGUGGGACAAUUGGGACCGUGCUUUACGUUCAGAUCGGCAAGCCAUUGUUAGAUGGAGGCCCGGGAAGUCUCUUCAUCGCCUUUUCGCUAUGGUGCACCGUGGUUCUCGCUGUAACUAUGUGCAUGGCUGAGAUGGUGACGUACCUACCGAUCUCUUCCCCGUUUAUCCGCUUCGCUGGCCGCUAUGUAGACGAGGCUCUUGGUUUUGCUGCCGGUUGGAACUUUUUUAUCUUCGAAGCCGCUCUAGUACCAUUCGAAGUCACCGCGUGCAAUAUUAUCAUCCAUUACUGGAGUGACAUCGUACCAGCUGGCGCAAUCAUCGCAAUUGUCCUUGUCCUGUAUGCAUUGGUCAAUGUUCUGGCCGUAAAAUGGUAUGGCGAGACCGAAUUCUGGGCUGCUCUUGGCAAGGUCCUGUUGAUCAUCGGGCUGAUCAUUUUCACAUUUAUCGUUAUGCUGGGUGGGAACCCCCAGCAUGAUCGGUUCGGCUUCCGGUACUGGUAUGAGCCUGGGGCGUUCGCCGAAUAUUACACCAGUGGUUCUCUUGGUCGAUUCCAGGGCUUCAUGCAAUGCUUUAUUUCAGCCUCCUUCACCAUCGCCGGCCCCGAUUAUGUCUCCAUGGCCGCCGGCGAAGCUGAGAAUCCUCGAGUGGUCAUGCCUAAAGCUUUCAACGCUGUAUUCUAUCGAUUGACCGGCUUUUUCAUGCUUGGAUCUCUAUGUGUAGGAAUUUUGGUUCCAUACAAUGAUGCGGAGUUGACAGAAGCUUUCCUCAAUUCCAGGCCGGGCGCAGCAGCAUCACCAUACGUCGUCGCGAUGCAUCGGCUAGGAAUUCCCAUACUCCCGCACAUAGUAAACGCCAUGGUUUUGACUGCCUCUUUCUCUGCGGGGAAUAGCUACGUGUAUUGUGCUUCCCGAUCGCUUUACGGACUAGCUCUUGAAGGAAAAGCACCUAAAUUCCUAACAAAGUGCACGCAGAAUGGUGUACCCAUAUAUUGCGUAACAAUUGUCUUGUUGAUUGCAUUAUUGGCAUUCCUUCAAGUGAGCGAAAAUGCCGCUGUGGUGCUUAGCUGGUUUGUCAACCUAGUAACUGCAUCUCAACUUAUCAAUUUCAGUGUCAUGUGCGUUACGUACAUCUGUUUCCAUCGCGCAUUGAAGGCACAGGGUAUAAGUCGUGAUACUCUUCCCUAUAAGGGUUUCCUACAACCCUACGCAGCUUAUUAUGCUCUAUUUGCUACGUUUGUUAUGACAUUCAUAGGCGGUUAUACGGUUUUCUUGCCAGGAAAAUGGAAUGUCCCGACGUUUCUCUUCUCGUAUACCAUGAUCUUUGUCUGUCCGGUACUCUUCAUUGGUUGGAAAUUCUUCCAUAAGACAUCAUUCCGAAAGCCUUAUGAAGUGGAUUUACUUAAGGACGUAGCCGCGGUUGAAGAUUAUACCAACAAGUUUGUUCCGCCGCCACCGAGGAAUAAUCUAUCUAAGUGGCUCAACUGGAUAUUCACGUAA